AUGAGUUCGACACAGAAGGACCAACAUGGACCGAGAAGUCAGCGCUCUCAGGACGCCGACAAACCUCACAGAAGAAAGAGAGAGAAAAAAAACACCUGUGACGAGUGUGGGAAGGAUUUUACGAGGAAGUCUGAACUAAAACAACAUCAGCUCAUCCACACUGGAGAGAGACCGUUCAGCUGUGACUUGUGUGGAAAGUCGUUUUCCUGGAAGAAUGCCCUAAAAAGACACCAAAUCCUCCACAGUGGAGUAAAAGCUUACAGCUGUGAUCAGUGUGGUAAAGCUUUUACUCAUAGUAGCAACUUACAGAGUCAUCUAGUUACCCACUCUGGAAUUAAGGCAUACAGCUGUGACAUCUGUGGAAAAACUUUCAGCCGGCUAUGGAGCCGAAAUAUACACCUACGCAUUCACUCCAGAGAAAAUUUGUACUGGUGUGAUCAGUGUGGCAAAUACUUUACAACAGACGCACAGUUACAAAGCCACAUGUUUACCCACACUGAGGAGAGACCUUAUCAAUGUGACCUGUGUGAGAAGACUUUUAAAACUCCACAGUACCUGAGACGACACCAACAGAUCCACACCAGAAAGAGACUCUACAAGUGCAGUUACUGUGAGAAGCAGAGCGACACAGAUGGAUCCACUUCUCAACCCUGUCAUCGCUGUGGUGGUGGGAAAGACUUUCGUUGUGACAUCUGUGGAAAAACUUUCAGCCAGCUACGGAGCCGAAAUAUACACCUACGCAUUCACUCCAGAGAAAAUGUGUACUGGUGUGAUCAGUGUGGCAAAUACUUUACAACAGACGCACAGUUACAAAGCCACAUGUUUACCCACACUGAGGAGAGACCUUAUCAAUGUGACCUGUGUGACAAGACUUUUAAAGCUCCGAGUCACCUGAGACGACACCAACAGAUCCACACCAGAAAGAGACUCUACAAGUGCAGUUACUGUGAGAAGCAGAGCGACACAGAUGGAUCCACUUCUCAACCCUGUCAUCGCUGUGGUGGUGGGAAAGACUUUCGUUGUGACAUCUGUGGAAAAACUUUCAGUCAGCAAGCCGGCCUAAAAAUACAUCAACGUAAACACACUGGAGACAAACUGAAAUACUGCAAAGAAUGUGGGAGAAGCUUCCCCACAUCAAGUAAAUUAAAACGACAUGAACUCUUUCACAGUGGGCUCAAAAAGCACCUCUGUGAUCAGUGUGGGUCAUCCUUCACCACUGCAAGUGACCUUAAAAGACACAAACGAGUCCACACAGGAGAGAAACCUUACAAGUGCAGACACUGUGACAAAAGCUUCUCACAUUCAGGUCACCGUAACGAGCAUGAACGUACACACAUGGAAGGAAACUACAGCUGUGAGCAGUGUGACAAGAGCUUCAGUAAUCUCAGUUCAUACUCCGCACACAAACGAUCCCACGUUACUAAUAAACUGUUUCACUGUUACCAAUGUGCCAAAACAUUCACUUCAUUAUCUGCUCUGUGCAAACAUCAGCGCGAUCACGCAGGGCUGAAAUCGUUCCCAUCACAGGAUGACAGCGAAUCUGAAGAGAGAGAAACAUCCUCUUCUGGUUUCAGAGUCCAACUUAAAACCCUGGAGAUCAGGCUCCACAGAGUUCAGAUCGGCUCUCCUUAAAGUUCUAAUGAGGCUAUGAAUCAAAAUGUUCCUGUAGUUCCAUUUUAAUCUUUAUAAAUUGUUCUUCUAUAGUGUUUGUGUUCAGUGGUUACCUUUUUUUUUCAGUGGUUGGAUGAAAAAUCAGUUUCCUGUUGUUCAAGUUUUUAUUGAAUGUAUUUUAUUAAAGUUCUUAAAUAAAGUAAAAAAAUGUUAAAUAAAGAAUUGGU